AUGAAAGAGACGGAUCCUGCAAAGCUAGCGAGGAUGGAAGGGGGAAGAUGGACGGCUGACCUGGUCAGGUUGUCUCCCGCAUCCCUCCCCGCAACCUCUGAGCGUUCCCUCUCAGGGACCUCCGAGAGAUCUGGUGAGUUCCAGGAGAGUGGAGAUAGAGACGUGGAUGGAUGGAGCCGGAGAGAUAUUGGAGCUUGUUCAGCUUGGGGGUGGGGGGAGGCAGACAGGCAGAUGGAGAUGGAGAAGGAGAGCACCUUUUCAGGCUCCUCCACCUGCCUUCCUGAACCUGCCUGCCUGAACCUCCACUGUUUGGAGGGAGACCAACAGCGUCUGGGAUUCUAACAUCCCCAUUGUGAACCCUGAAUGGAGGGAUAUCAACUCUUUCCUCUCUGAAUGUUCUCCAUCUAGUUAUGCCUUUUUAAACAAGGACCAGGCUUGUCUGAACCUCCCAGGCCUUCUUCAAUAUUGGCUUCAGAGCUUUUAGGGAAGUUGAAAUAACUUCUGUGAGGUCUGUUGUUUUGGCUCUGUCUGCAUUUGACUGACCUCGGAGAUGUAGUGGAUUCCAGGAUUGAGCCAAACAAAAUCUAUCCCAGAUUAAAGCCAAGCAGUAUGUCAGUUAAUACCAAUCAACAAAGGCAGUGAAAACUAUAGUAAGGCCUCACACCUAACUCUCUCCAGUUCUUCCUCUAUCCCAAGCAUUUAUUAACUUGGUUCAAUAAUGGAUGUGAACCAUGUCCCCUUCGCUCUGAGUGGGGUUUGGGUCCAGGACAGCGAUGCAGAGUUUGCAUGACUUACACUAACAUGGCAGUGCAUUGCUGGAGGGGGGGUCAGGAUUUGAUGCUUCUGUGUGAUCUGCGCCCCUGUCACAGUAUGCUGGCAGUGUGGCCCCACCGGUUUCAAGAGAGUCAGGUGACCCGCAGGCGUGCGGAAAUGCUGGGGGGGGGGUCAAACAUGCCACACAUCAACAAUGACAUUAAGUUAGACUUAUGUCCGCUUGAGGCUGAAACAGAGCACUCUCAAGUCUCACAGUGAGGUGGGGGGGGACUUUGUUCAAUAUUCUGGAGCGCCAUUUCUUUUUGAGGUUCUAAUUAGCUUUUCUCUUCAUUGCAGAUGGUGAUGAAUUGGAAGGGAAGAACAAGGGGGACCAGAACAGAAUCCACAUAGCAGAGAAGUCAUAUAAAUAUUCAGAGUGUGGAGAGAAAAUCCGUCAGAGCUCCCCGUCCACCUCCCGUCAAAGAAAGAGCUUCAUUAGGAGGAAUAGCUUCACUUCACACGAAAGAACAAAGAGUAGGGAGAAAUUGUAUCAGUGCAGAGAAUGUGGAAAGAGCUUCACUCGGAAGGACAGUCUCACUUCCCAUCAUAGAAUUCAUACAGGGGAGAAACCAUAUCAGUGUAUGGAAUGUGGAAAGAGCUUCACUCACAGAGCUGGACUCGUGUCCCAUGAAAGAUUCCAUACAGGGGAGAAACCAUAUGAGUGCUUGGAGUGUGGAAAGAGGUUCAGCUGGAAGACAAAGCUCACUUCCCACCAAAUGAUUCACACAGGGGAGAAUCCCUAUCCAUGCUUGGAAUGUGGAAAGAGCUUCCGAUUGAAGGAUAGUCUCACUUCCCAUCAAAGAAUUCAUACAGGGGAGAAACCAUAUCAGUGCUUGGAAUGUGGAAAAAGCUUCAGUCGGAAGGAUGUUUUCACUUUCCAUCAAAGAAUUCAUACAGGGGAGAAACCCUAUCAGUGCUUGGAAUGUGGGAAGAGCUUCAGUCAAGGCACCCAUCUCACUUCCCAUCAAAGAAUUCAUACAGGGGAGAAACCCUAUCAGUGCUUGGAAUGUGGGAUGAGGUUCAAUCGGAAGGAUGGUCUCACUUCGCAUCAAAGAAUUCAUACAGGAGAGAAAUCCUAUCAGUGCUUCGAAUGUGGGAAGAGCUUCAGUCAAGGUGCAUAUCUCACUUCCCAUCAAAGAAUUCAUACAGGGGAGAAACCCUAUCAGUGCUUCGAAUGUGGGAAGAGCUUCAGUCGGAAAGAAAGUCUCACUGCCCAUCAAAGAAGUCAUACAGGGGAGAAACCCUAUCAGUGCUUUGAAUGUGGAAAGAGCUUCAGUCAGGGGAUCCAUCUCACUUCCCAUCAAAGAAUUCACACUGAGGGACAACCAAAAAGGAAAAAAGGAAAAAUUAUUAAACAACCCUUACAAAACACAAGUGUAUAA